AUGUUGGCUUUUUGGAUACUGCUAGCAUUGUCUGUGGUCGUGGGAGAAGAGACACCAUAUCACCCGGCUGUAGACCAAGCUCUGCUAUGUGAGAUCAGAAAGAAGAGUCCUGAAGGUGUGAUGAGCAUCAGCAGCGGCGCGCCUGUUUCGAUCGAGCACGCCACCACCACGCUCAACAUGCCUCUCAUACAUAACCAUUUCUUCAUGGACGUUAUGACGAAUCAAGUACGGGAAAGACCUAUCGACCGCACUGUGCAUCCAAAGGGAACUGGAGCGUUCGGUUAUUUCGAAGUCACUCAUGACAUAUCUGAUGUCUGCAGAGCGAAACUGUUCAACGAAAUCGGCAAGAGAACGCCGGUCGCGGUGAGAAUCUCACCAGCGACCGCGGAACGGGGCGCCUCAGAAUUAGCGCGAGGAGUUCGAGGGUUCGCCAUCAAGUUUUACACAGAAGAUGGCAUUCUCGAUUUCCCUGGACUUAAUUUAGACAAGUUUUUCUCGAGGGAACCAACACAAUUCGUCAAAUUCGCGCACUCACUGAGAAGAGAUCCGGCUGUUUACAUCCAUAACCCGUUGAAGUUGUUGGACACAAUCCUUCAAGUCCCCGAGUCACUGAACAUGCUUAUAGAUAUGUUUGGUGAUCGUGGUAUUCCUAAAUCGUAUCGGCAUAUAUCUCACCACAACAUCCACACAAUGCAAGUUGAAAAUGCCUAUGGCGAUACCAGUUUCAUCAGAUUCCAUUGCCUGCCAGAUGAGGGCCAUCAAUUCCUGACGGAUGCGGAAAUUGCUGAGAUCAAUUUGGCAGACCCGGAUUAUUAUACGAGAGAUUUGCACGAUUCCAUUAAAAAAGGAGACUUCCCUAACUGGACGUGCUACGUGCAGAUCGCGACUGAGGAGGACGCGAAGAGGUUGGGAUUCCGCUUGUUUGACGUUACUCGUAAGCUUCCCGAAGAUGAGUUCCCCCUAUAUCCUGUAGGCAAAAUGGUCCUCAAUAGGAAUCCUAAAAAUGUCUUCGCAGAAGUGGAACAGUUGGCUUUCUGUCCGGGGAAUUUGGUAGAUGGUAUAAACGGAGGACCUGACAGAGUGUUCCAAGCGCGUCGUUUCUCCUACAACGACGCUCACCUCUACCGCUUGGGGCCACACGUCAAGGAGAUACCCGUCAACUGCCCUUUCCAAGGUCGCAAUGUCAAUCCUGAUUCAGUAAACUCCGAACCCGUUAGCUGGAAACCGCAACAGAAAGGUUUACUUAAGGUCGUACCCGAAGAUAUAUCCAACUUUGAUCAGGCGAGAGAUACAUACGAAAACAUGUCUGAGGGUGAAAAAACUCGUUUGCACGGCUCUCUGAUAGGUUUGCUGACACCCGCUAGUCCAUCGGUCCGGAAUGGCAUGAUAGAACUCUUCGAAGCUAUCCACCCCGAUUUGGGUGGCACUUUAGCAGAAAGGUUCAAUUCCACAAUGACCCGCUAA